AUGGCACAGAAUAAGAUGGAAAACAGAUGUGUAGCACUGACAAAUGCAGAUUAUGUGAAUAUCCGAUUCCUUUGGAAAAGAUUGUUUGAAGAAGCAGAGGAAAACGGCCGAACCAUCAUCAUCAAGUACAACCAGCUCAGUUUUUUUGAUUACCCCGAAAGCAAGCAGUACUUCAAGACCGUCCCAACUGAAGGUGACCUACAAAGGAACCCCCAGGUGGCCGUACAUGGCCGGAGAGUCAUGAUCGCUUUCAACCAAGUGAUUGAAAACAUAGAGAACUGGCAGCAGGUCUGCAAGCUGCUGGCACGCUUGGUGGACAGCCACAAGAACAACCACAAAGUGCCGCCCAUGAUGUUCCAGCGUUUGUUUCGGACAAUGCUGAAUAUCUGCCAAGACCUCAUGGGCAAUGAGCUCACCAAUGACAUGUUGGUUACUUGGGACAAGUUCUUUCGGGUGCUCUACGAAGAAAUCACAGUCGCUUAUGGUCGGAAACGCCUUCUUUAG